UUCACGAAAUUGGUCAUGCAAUUGGAUUUUGGCACGAACAAUCUAGACCAGAUCGUGAAACUUAUGUUGAUAUCUUAGAAAAGAACAUUAUAAAAAAUAAAAAAGGCAAUUUUGUCCGGUACCCAUGGAGUGUAUCACGGACAUAUGGGCUGCCGUAUGACUAUAGUUCACUCAUGCAUUAUGGAGCAUAUUCUUUCUCCAAACCUCCUGGAACAAAGAAGACUAUAAUACCCAGAAAAGCUGACUACGAUAGAACAAUUGGUCAACGUCAAGUUCUUUCGUUUUACGACGCUAAAGCGGCGAAUUUUCAUUAUUGCAAUUCAAAAUGUUCCGGUGGUCUGAAGUGGUCUAAAUGUAAAAAUGGCGGAUACAGGAAUCCAAACAAAUGCACCGAAUGUAAAUGUCCUGAUGGAUUGACAGGACGUUAUUGUACAAGUCCUGCAAAAUCUCGCCCAGGUUCUAGUUCCUGUGGUGACAUCACGCUCAGUGCUACGUCGUCCUAUAAAUCAUUUACAUCUCCUGGAUAUACUUCAUCUGGAUAUUCUACAUCUAAUGAGUGUUCCUGGUUGAUUACGGCACCUAAAGGAAAGCGAGUUAGAUUUCAGUUCCGAGGAACGUUUAGACUUCGUUGCAGCAAUUCUUGCAAAGAUUAUGUUGAAGUACGAUAUAGUAGUUUGUCUGAUGCUGGUCCUAGAUACUGUUGUUACAGCAGACCAAAACUUACAUUUAAAUCCACUACACGAUUUAUGUUGAUAAACUUCAGAACAUUUUCUGGAAAGACAAGGAAAGGAUUUAAAGCUCGGUACAAGUAUUUUUAAAGUACUACAAAGAUCAAAGAACUGCUUCGUUGGUAUUACUUCUAAAAUAAACAAUGUAAAU